AUGCGUAUAAGGCUAGCAAGUGAACAUAAGAGUUCAUUUGAUUCUGUUUUUAAAGACCAAGGCUCUUCCAAUGGCUCUCCCAAGAAGCUCAGGUUUGCCAAUGACUCUUAUUCCAACGUUUCAGACUAUGAAGCAUCGCCAUUUGUAUUUGCAGGAAAUAAGACUGAACUCCAAAUGGAAAAGAAGAGUACGAGAAAGAGAAACAAAAUUAAGAAGAAGUCUCUCGGAUCUUUGGUGCUCCCAGAAAAGAAAGAGGACUGGGGGAAAUUUGAUCUUUCACAAAACUUGAGUGAUAUGUUGAAACCAUCUCAGCCAAACUUUGGAUAUGGAGAAGAACUUACCUUCGACACCCAUACCAGAAAGAACAGAAAGGGAUGGGGUAUCUUCCUUGACUGUAUCCAAAAGUAUCCUAAAUAGAGAACGGGUUCACUCCUUAGCCAAGAAUAUAAUAGAUGCUAAAUAAAGCGGAGGAACAGAAAAUUAGAGAACUUCGUAAACUCAGGAAACAGUACAGAUUGAAUAAAAAUGAGCAUAAGCCAAGUGUUAAAUUUACCACAAAUACAUCUUUCUAUACUAAAAAUGAUAGAGGACUCAAGCCUAUUAUUGAAGGAGCUUAUCAAAAUUUUAUGAAACAUGGGUCGAAAAAGAAACUCCGAGGAAAGCUAUCUUGGUUUAAUAGUAUCAAGCCAAAGCUCAGUGAUAGAGGGAAAUCUUCAAUGUCAUCACUUCCUCAAACGAGUGUUUGGUUGAAGAAUAGAGUCAAUAGUUCAAAAAGGAGAAGAUUGAAGUUAUCAAACUCAUUUAUAUUCACAAGCCACUCAAUCAAAAUAAACCUUAAAGAUAAGCUCACUAAUUUCUUGAAGAGCAUAAAAAGAGGAAAGAUCAAAGAUCUCAAAAGCCCCCAAAAAAUCAUCAACUCAUACAAAUCCCUAAAUCCACCUUAACUUAUCCGUUCUAAAAUUCCUAAUUUCAA